UAGUGUGUAUACAAAUGCGCCAGUGUUUUGUUUACUUGUAAAGACGUGUUUGUAUUGCCGCUGUAUUUGUUUCGUGUACAGUUGCUAAGAUAGUUUUUCAUGAACUGUAACAGGAAUGAAUACAAACAUGAAACGAAAUAUUCAACCUGAAAAUUUAGCAGAUAGCCCAGAAUCUGGAAAAAGAAUACGAACAAGUAGCAAAAUGGAAGCUGGUGAUACAGAUGAAGGAACACCAAUAGUGGAAAACUCAAAAUGGCAGCUUUCAAAAGUUGACGUGAAAGAAAGGUUGGAAUAUUUGAGAACUUCAGCCAGUUUCAGUGACUGUGUGCUGCUUGUAGGAAGUGGUGAUGCCGUAGAGACAAUACGGACACAUAAAAUGGUUCUUUGCAUGUCAAGUGUGAAAUUCGAGGAAAUUUUAUUGACUCGUUCAGCAGAAGAUGCCAUUACCAUAACUGAUGUGGAACCUCGUAUAUUUCAUUUGAUGCUUGACUACAUGUAUUUGGAUAAACCAAUCAUCAAAUCAUCAGAAGAUGCUUGUUUGCUGUACAAAGCUGCAGUAACAUAUCAGAUGCCUCAUUUAUGUGAAAUAAGUGCCAAAGUUUUAUCAAAAAGCUUAAAUCUUGAUAAUAUCUGGUCAAUAUUAAAGUUGGUAUCAGACACCCAAGAAACAUCACUUAAGGAAGAAUGUGAAAAGUUCAUCAGAAAACAUCCAUUAGCAAUUCUUCGGCAUGACAAUUUUAUCAAAGUUGAUGCCAAUAUUGUGCUUUUGAUGGUUGACCUGGACUGCUUUGAUGUUCCAGAAAUAGAUAUUUACACUGCAGUAGAUAAGUGGGCUGAACAUCAGUGUGAAAAAGUGAACAUAGCGGCUGAUAGGAACAACAAACGAGAAGUUAUUGGGUCAGAUAUACUGAGGAAACUGCGUUUUUUGGCACUAAAUAAAGAGCAGUUUGUGGAAAAAGUGGCAUACACUACGGAGAAUUCUACUACUUGUUUAUUAUCUAUUGAGGAAAGUUAUGCUGUGCUGAUGAAUAUGACAGUACCUGGAUGUUAUCCAAUGCCUACAGGUUUCACAGUUGAUAAUAAACCAAGGAAGUUGUCAAAAUUGCGCUGUAUACGUAAAGUUCAGCCGAUAUCUGCCCAGCCACCUUAUGCUUCAUACAAUACUCCCCCAUAUACGUCACCUACAACAUUUCCCCAUAUGGCUGUUGUUGCCAUGCCUACAGCUUCACCAAGUGGAAAUCUUGGUGGAAAAAAUUUUUCUUUGGAGGUAAGAGUUGAUUUUCCCAUAAUGCUGUUUGGAAUCCAAGUUCCAACACUGUUGUUUCCAUCUCAACAGGGACCUCUAGGACCCAGAGAUUAUGAUGAAUCUUUUAUUGUUACUGUUCUAGACUCUUCGGGAAGCCCUAUCAGUCAUACUGUUUAUUCUGGGAAAGUUCCUUAUGGGUCUGCAUUUGACAUUAGCCUUAAAGAUCCUGUUCUUCUGCAGAAAAAUACAGGUUAUAAAAUUCAAAUAUACACAAGUAACACAUACUUUUUGUGUAGGAAGCUCUCUAACAUUGAGCACUGCCCACCAGUGAAAUUCACUUUCAAAGAUUCUACAAAAGUUGCUCCUCCAAAUACAAAUCCAAUGUUUGUGACAAGCAACAUGAAACAGGACUCUGAUUUUGGUUUUGUCACUCAGAUUAUAUAUUCUUUAUGGGGUUAGCUUGGUAAUACUGUUGAAAGUUAAGCAGUAUGAAUCCUCAUUUUUCAUUUUUUCACAGCAUUAAUCCCUUUUCUGCUCAGGUGCUUUUCCACCUUUUACAUUUGCAAUCAUCUGGAAUUUUCCAUGAAGUCAAUUGUUGUAUGCAGGUUUUUUAGUAGCACUGUGAAUGAAUGUUAAAUACAUCGUAUCAUAUGUAUUUUCUUCGUGUGUGAACUGAACACAGGCUGAGUAAGUACUAUGUUUUAUUUGACUGAUCUUUUGUGUAACUGUUAAAACAGUACACUGUGACAUUUAGAGUGAGGAAAGGUGUAAACAUAUAUUCCUACACAGACCAGUAGAUAUAAGAUAAAAUGAAUAUGUACAUAUAUUUUCAUGACAACUUGCUGUAAUGGCGAUAGUUUUUUCCUUCUGUUUCCAUUGUUGUUGUUUUUUCAGUACAUAGAACUCCUUUACAGAAUAUCUUCAUUGUAUAUUACUAUGUUGAAUAGAGAUAAGCUUUUUUGUUUAAGGAAGCAAAAGUUUGUUUUUAAUGAGGAACUAACCCUCAUCACCACUGCUUUCCCUCCCCCUCUCCCCUUUUCUCCUUCCUCUUCUCACUUUUCCUGUCUCUCAACAUAAUCCCUGCAGCAAAUCUGUUGUGCAGUUAGUAGUAUUGAGUCUUUGUUUGUGUAAAUAAGUUAUUGGGUAGUGAAGAUAUGUGUAUUUGUGAAUGUAAAACUUGUAAAUGCUACAGUAAAUAUUUAUUUAAUGGAUGUUUUGAAAAUCACCUUUUGAUAACUCCUGCAAGUACACUUUGUCUUCUAAUGGGUAUGCUUGUAAUAACGCAUACUUUCUCAGUAUUGUAAAAUAGUAACAUAAUAAGAGUGCAGGAAAUCUCAUUUGUGUAUAUACGCAAACAAAUAGUUUAAUAAUGUAUCCAAUAUUUUUGUAUGUAUGAACACAAAAGUUGAAUGGCUGGAUUUUGGAAGGUUGACUGUUCUUACAGAUCUGUCGUGCUUUCCAUUAUUUGCUUGUAUAUGUAUAUUUCUGUAUGUAAAUGUGAUUAACUCAAGAUUCUUUUUCGUAAAAACAAUUGCUUUUAGCACUGUUAUGUAAAGAACUCAUGUUCUUUUUGUAGUGUACAUUAUUGGCUGUUAAAUAAAAUUGAUAAAUACAAGGCAGUUAAUGAUGCCUUUUACACCGUUUCACCUACAUUUUCCAAUUUAGGUGUUAUUUUUCAUAAAGUAUUUACAACAAUAUUUUCAGUAAGACUGUCAUCUGAACUUGUUAGUGUGAAACAAGGGUUUCUGUGGUAUGAUCAGUGUUUCUGUGCAGAUAGUAAGCUACCAGUUGGAGAUGAACGGCAGCUAUUUAAUGUAACUGAGAAAAUGGUAGCGUUAUUCAAAGUCGCAGCUUUCUGGCUAAUUAUGUUUCUCUUUUCCACAUUUUUAGAUUUUCUCCACUGUGAUGAGAUAUACAAAAUGCAGUGAACAGAUGAUCAAAUGCCAUUUUAAUAACUCCAGCCAUAUCAGUCAGUAAAUAAAAUGAAAACAGCUCCCAGAUUCGAAAGACUGGCACAUGCUAGAAUACCAAGGUGGUGCAUUGCAUUAUACUGGAUCAAGCAGGAACAUUGACCAGGCUUAAUUAUUCCUGUUGAAAAUCAGGACAGUUUCUCUUUGAGCGUGUGUGUCAUCCUGUUGUACCGACCAUGAGGAUUAAGUCACUGAGUAAUUAAUUUUUUCCCUGUAUCCAAUGGAUUAAUUUAUUCAUGAACCUUAAAUUAUAGAUCAACUAAAUGCAUCUCAUUCAAUAACAGAAAAUCAGCAGCACUAAAUCAGUGUGAUAUCGCUUCACGUCUUACUCUUUGGAGCUGUGUGUAACAAUGCCACAAGGAAGGCACUAAAUAUAAUAAAUUGUCAUCCACUCGAGAAAAUAUUAUGUGUGUGGAAGCAUUCAGCUGUCUCUGAAGAUCAGUGAGGAAACAUGAAGUCCAAAUCUGGACAGAAAUGUGUGAAAAUUUUUCCAUUGAGUUUCAAAAUACCAUUUAUGUUAAAUGCAGACCGUGCAAUGACUCUAGUGAAAUUACAGUAUGUUAGUGUGAUUGGAUUUCUGUGACUGUUAAACCGUUUGACAAAUCAGUAUCUGGCUCUAGUUAAUAAUCUCCUAAUGGGUUUCAGGGCCCACUUUUAUGUUGGUGAUUGUCUAAACAAGAUAAAUGUGAAAUAUAUGGUUGUAGUCAACCUAUGUGAAAUUCAUCAAUUUUCUGUUUGUCACAGAGGUGAAAUAUGUGUGUGCUGAAUUGGCUGCACAAACUUUUAGGCUGUAAUCGUUUGAGAAUAAACAUAGGAGCCACUAUUCUCUAAACCUGAGA